GAGUGGUGAAUGUCGUGGCCACGUGUCAGUCGUACAGAGAAUCUGGCGAAUGUCAGCACUCCGGAGAUUCGGCGUGGUGCAUCCUGGUUGUGACGGUGCAAUGGACAGUCGGUUAUGGUGGCUCCAGAGACAGUUAGCUAUCUAUCAGCGAAGGAAUAGGACGAUGAGAGGUCACGGUCACUUGGGAGGAUAUCCAAAGCAAAGGGAGGCGGCGGAGGCAUGCGAGCACGUGAUGCUGGGAGUGGUAUAGCUAUUCGUUGGUUAUGCUUAGCAUGUUCUUCCGUUUAACAUAACAUCAUCAUGGCCCGUCGAAAGAAAUGGAAGCCUUUUUCUCCGACUUCACCAUCAUAUGCAGAGAAGCUGGAACGACUGAAAUCGUCCGCCACCUUGGCGGAUGCGUUGCGCCCGGAGGAGCUGCUUCAUGGUGGGGAGCGGCGGCUGAACUGGCCUACGGCUGUCCGCGACUCUAAAGCUGGCAAUGGUCAAGGGGAGGGUGCAGUGGUGGGAGCAGGCGAGAGUGACGGGAAGAGAGGGGUGGGAGCGGAAGCCACCACCACAUAUACGACAGGUGAGGAUGCAGCAGAGCAGAAGUCCAAGGUGCUGGCGAAACAGGAUGGCAUCAAUGCCAAGGGUAAGGCAGGGGCAGUUGGGGGGUCUGAAGUAUCGAGGAGCCACCGAAGGGUCUCGGACACCAGACUGGCGGCCGAGAAGGAGCAGCACUCUCACAACAGAGUUUCUGCUGACAAUGGUUUCACAUCAGGGGAUUCCGAACGGGGUGAACGAAGAGAUGCCAGUGCGGAGGAGGGUAGUAAGGGAAUUGCGCUGAAAGGAGUGUGGGCUGGGAUUAGCGAAGAUGGUGGUAGAGAGGGAGGGAACUUGAAAGGAGUAGUAGAACGGGAGGAGGAUGUGAGCGGGAAAGCGGCAACGGUAGGGAAGGGGGGAGGGACAAGGCUGAAAUUGAGGCUGCCAGAGCCGGAGGAGGUGAGUAUAUCCCGACCCGCAUCAGAGUCAAUUAUUUGGGAUAAGAAGCGAGAAAUCUCUGGAGAGGGUUGGUACUCAAGCCGGGAAGCAGCCAAACCAAAGAGAGUUGCCUUGACCACCCAACCUUCGCCCAGACCGAAACUUGUGGAUGGGGUGCGGAGGGUGGCUCGUCUCAGAGAUGAUAUGCAAUUGGAUGAGCGAAGAAAUAAUCACAGAGGUGGGGGGGGGGAGGAAGGCGCAGAGAGAGACCAUGGAUUUGCUGCGGUUGCACGACUGAAGGAGUUGAAAAGUGGGUCUCCCAAGAGGGGGGGGAGGGGGGGUAAAUGGAGAGAGGAUACAGAGAAAGAUGCAGAUGCAGAUGCUCGAGAAUAUAAGGCGCUGAGGACGGUUACUGCCAGGAAGGAUUUCAUUGCUCUAGGACUUGGGAGUGGCCCCGGAGGGAAAGAAGGCAGGAGUGCCCGCGUGCAAGCGGCAGCACUCCCUUGGACUCGCUUCUUCUUCCCUGCAGACGACCUUGGGAGCACUCCCUCCCUUCGUACACAGUACUUCGAUGUGUACAUUGACGAUGAGGAUGAGAAUGAGAAUGAGAGGCGGCGAGGACCGGGGGACAUUGGAUCGGAGUCACGGAGUUCAGUGGCUGUGUCAGCGGACUGGGGGGACACAAUGAUCGCCCCAGAAAUCGCUGUGAUGAGGGAGAUGGAGAGCCUCCGGGAACAGAACCUUAGACUGAGCUACCUGAGGUGCCCAGGAUUGCCACCCAUAUUGAAGUCCAUGGGAGAUGCUAUGGCCCAAAGGGGUGUAGAGAGACGCAGCGAUGAAAGGGGCGCCUUAAUUGAGGCCCUGCCAAAACAGGAUAUAACAGCUUUUGCUCGAUGGGUAACGAGGCUGAGGCCUGCGCUAACUGCAGGAGCGACAGUUCAAAACCUCUUGCCGCUGUUGACCCUUUCACAAGGCCUUCUAAGGGAAGUUGUGCAGCAGAGAAUGGACUUCUACCUGCAGCAGGUUGAGGAGGAGAGGAGGAUGUACAAGGAGAGAGAGUUCGCACUCAAAGUGGAGCUGGAAGUGGCUAAGAAGAGACGCGCAGGCGGAUCCAACACAGGCGGAGGCAGAGAGAGUAACCUGGCUACCGUGAUGUUGAGCAUGAUGAGGGGAGUAAUGUGGAACAACAAACUGCUGCAAGCACACCUGCUCACGGAACGACAGCAAAGGCAAAAGCACCAGCAAGAGGUGGCUGCUUUAACAACUGCCGUCCGCGCCCCAGCAACACAGCAGCAGCAACAACAACAACUGUUGGACUCCACUCUCGCGCGCAUCAACAGCAUUGAGGCUAAGACCUCAGCAGCGCCAGGCUGCAUGAUAGACGCGACAAAGCAGCUCAACGAGCGCAUCGAUCACGUCGUCACCAUCAUUGGCGAACUAGGUGAUUUCACUAGUCCGGCCACGAUCAGCAGCACGGUGGCCGCCAUCAAGGCGAGCAUCACCAAACUGCAGACAAGACCGGACGCCGCUACAAAGAAUUACAAGAUGCCGCACUUCGACAUCAGCAAGUUCGACGACUACAACAAGUCGGACGCCUUGAUAUGGUGGCAAAGUUUCCUUACGGAAGCAUCGUGCCGCACUGUCCCGACUGACGACAUGAUGAAGGCGCUCUACUUACAACUGAUUGGAGGAGCGCAGGCAUGGAUGAACCAUCUGGCGGCUACCAAGAAAUGCACCAUCGCCGAACUCCACACGCACAUCACGUGGAAAGAGUUCGAGAAGCUAUGGUUCACUCGGUUCAUGGUCCGCAACGUCGUGAAGGCGGCCAUGAACGAGGUGUACACCUGCUCUCAAGGGAGUAUGUCAACUCGAGACUGUACAACCAAGUGGCAAAAGAUAGUGACCACGCCAGGCUUCGAUUUGAGUUUUACCAACCAACGAUCCGAGUUCUUCUCGCGAUCGUGCGCAGGACUGCGACUGCGAACCACACUCGGCAACGAGUACGAUUACGCCUCAUUCCAGACCCUCCUGGAUCGUGCGAACUUGGUCAUCCAAACGGAUGACAAGACCGCAAACGAAUGGCAGUCCCAGCCGCAUUAUGUGGCUAAGUAGGGCUAUCAACGACCGACACAUAAUAAUACCGUGAUUUCUGACGAAACAGUCGAUCUCCACGCUGCAGCAGCAUCCUCGA